CAAAUACAAAUCAAAUUCGAAAUAUUUUUUAAAAAGUAGGUCCCCGCUGAUUCCCUUGUUGCCAAAGCGGUGUGCUGCACAUCUUUGCCAAAAUUCUCAUCCCCAAUUUCUUCGCCGAAUUUCGGAACCCUAAUUUUGGAUUUUAGGACGUUAAAAUCGUGCAAUUCAUUUGACAAUUUGAGGGUUGAUAAUUGAAAUCUUGCUGCAACUAAAAUGGAAGUGAAUGGAAAGUUUGAUCUAAAUGUUCCUUUAUUGGAACCUCAGGACAGUGUGACGGUUAACAUCUAUCCACCAAGUCCAUGUGGCGUCGAGAAGAUUAAAGUGGUGAAAUUCCAGAUAAAGGGUAUUGAGUGUGCAUCAUGCUCGAACUCAGUAGAAUCCGUGUUAGGGAAACUCAAUGGAAUUAGGAGUGUUGUUGUAUCAUCAAUGGAUGGACAAGCUGUUGUCAAAUACAUGCCGGAAAUUGUUGAUUCAAAAAGAAUAAAAGAAACCGUAGAAAAUGCAGGAUUUCAAGUUGAGGGGUAUCCUGAUCAAGAAAUAGAAGUAUGUCGACUGAAAAUAAAAGGAAUGGCAUGCACUAGCUGCUCAGAGGCCGUUGAACGCGCACUCUCAGAUGCUGAUGGGGUGAAAAAGGCCGUGGUAGGUCUUGCUCUUGAGGAAGCCAAGGUUCACUUUGACCCAAAUGUCACAAACCUUAACCAAAUCAUAAAAGCGGUUGAAGAUGCUGGUUUUGAAGCUGAUCUUAUUAACCCUGGGAAUGAUGUGAACAAAGUGCACCUAAAGCUUGAUGGAGUUCAUACCCUUGAAGACGCCAACACUAUUAGAACUGCUCUUGAGCUAGCUGUUGGUGUCAAUCACGUUGACAUGGAUAUGGAAGAAAAAAAGAUCACUGUAAGCUAUGAUCCUGAUGUAACUGGUCCUAGAUCUCUGAUAAAAUUGAUUAGAGAGGCUUCUACUGGCCUAAAUUCGUAUGAUGCAAGCUUGUAUGUCCCUCCAAGACAGAGAGAUUUGGAUCAUAGAAAUGAGAUUCAUAAGUACAAAAAUCAGUUCUUAUGGAGUUGCCUUUUUUCUGUCCCGGUGCUUGUUUUCUCCAUGGUACUCCCAAUGCUUCCUCCUUAUGGGGAUUGGUUAAACUACAGGAUUCACAACUUGCUUACUGUUGGAAUGUUGCUGAGAUGUAUCCUUUGCGCACCAGUGCAGUUCAUCAUUGGACGAAGGUUUUAUGUUGGGGCAUAUCAUGCGUUAAGGCGAAAAUCUGCUAAUAUGGAUGUUCUAGUGGCAGUGGGAACCAAUGCUGCUUACAUCUACUCUCUCUACAUAUUGCUUAAAUCCCUGACUUCCCUUGACUUUGAAGGGCAAGAUUUUUUUGAGACAAGUGCUAUGUUAAUAUCUUUUAUUCUUUUGGGCAAAUAUUUGGAGAUUGUGGCGAAGGGGAAGACUUCAGAUGCUUUAGCAAAGCUGUCAGAGCUUGCUCCAGAUACGGCGUGCUUGGUGACAAUGGAUGGCAGUGGAAAUAUCAUCUCAGAAACAGAAAUAAGCACUCAACUUAUACAGAGAAAUGACUUGUUUAAGAUUGUUCCUGGAGCAAAGGUUCCUGUUGAUGGGAUCGUUAUUGAUGGUCAAAGUUAUGUAAAUGAAAGUAUGAUCACGGGAGAAGCAAAGCCAGUUACUAAAAGACCUGGUGAUAAGGUCAUUGGUGGGACUUCAAAUGAGAAUGGAUGUAUCAUAGUGAAGGCUACACAUGUUGGAUCAGAGACUGCCCUUUCUCAGAUUGUUCAACUUGUGGAGGCUGCUCAGUUGGCCAGAGCCCCUGUUCAGAAGUUGGCUGACCAAAUAUCAAGGUUUUUUGUUCCAACUGUAGUUGCUGCAGCAUUUAUUACAUGGGUUGCAUGGUUUGUCACUGGAGUAGCUGGUCUUUAUCCAAAACAUUGGAUCCCAAAAGCCAUGGACAAAUUUGAACUUGCUCUGCAGUUUGGAAUAUCUGUUGUUGUGGUUGCUUGUCCAUGUGCUCUGGGACUGGCGACUCCUACUGCAGUUAUGGUUGCUACUGGGAAGGGUGCUUCACUUGGUGUGCUCAUCAAGGGGGGAGCAGCUCUACAGAAGGCACACAAGGUUAAAGCUGUGGUCUUUGAUAAGACAGGAACAUUGACUGUAGGAAAGCCAGUUGUUGUCAGCACUGUUCUCUUUUCUGGGGUUACAAUGAAGGAAUUAUGUGAUAUGGCAAUUGCUAUAGAGGCAAACAGCGAGCACCCCCUAGCUAAAGCUGUGGCUGAACACGCUAAGGUUCAGCGUAAGAAACAUGAAUCAUUGGCCGACCAUGUUGAAGAUGUAAAGGAUUUUGAGGUGCAUCCUGGAGCUGGAGUUUGUGGAAAGGUCGGCGAGAAGAUAGUUUUGGUAGGAAACAAGAGGCUCCUGCAGGUUCAUAGUGUUCCAAUCAACUAUGAAGUCGAGGAGUAUAUCUCAGGGACAGAAAAAUUGGCUCAAACUUGUGUGUUAGUUGCCAUUGAUGGCAAGGUUGCAGGGGCUUUUGCUGUGACUGAUCCAGUGAAGCCGGAGGCAGGCCAUGUCAUUAGACAUCUUCAGUCUAUGGGCGUCACAAGCAUCAUGGUAACUGGUGAUAACUGGGGUACUGCAACAGCAAUAGGAAGAGAAGUUGGUAUUAAUCAAGUUUUUGCUGAAACAGAUCCAAUUGGAAAAGCUGGGAAGAUAAAAGAAAUUCAGAUGAAAGGUCUAACGGUAGCAAUGGUGGGAGACGGCAUUAAUGACUCCCCUGCCCUAGUUGCAGCUGAUGUUGGAAUGGCAAUAGGCGCUGGCACUAAUGUUGCUAUUGAGGCAGCUGAUAUAGUUCUAAUUAAGAGCAACCUAGAAGAUGUCGUGACAGCCAUUGACCUUUCUCAAAAGACAAUGUCCAAGAUUCGGCUUAACUACGUUUGGGCCCUUGGCUAUAAUGUCCUAGCCAUGCCUAUUGCUGCAGGAAUUUUGUUUCCAUUCACUGGUAUUCGGCUUCCGCCUUGGGUUGCUGGGGCUUGCAUGGCCGCUUCAUCCCUUAGUGUGGUCUGUUCUUCUCUGUUGUUGCAGUCUUACAAGAAGCCUUUGAAUGUUGAAAGAAUUUGAUGACCGAAGCUUUAUCUUCAAAUAUUUAGGCAUAACUGUAGAGGUUUUUAUUGCCAAGUGUAAAGUAUGUUCAAUUAUUAUUUCUAACUGUUCUAAUUGAUUCCCAUAAUCUCAGAUGCUUUACUUGAUCUCUUACCCACUAA